AUGCGUAGCGUUACUGCAAACGGCUAUUUAAAACCUGCUUUACUUCAAAUUGCUCAAGCAGUGGAGAAAAUGAUGUUGCCGACUGACCCAAAUCAUGAAUAUGGAAAUUCGGAUCUCAAGAACGCAAGAGAAACAUUUAUUAUUAAUGAUAUGGUGAUACGUCAGCCAUUGUCAUAUCCAGUCGUGAACGACUUUAUAGAUUCGCCAGUCGCCACCCUUUGGUUUGUAUAUUUUUAAAUAUUUAAUAUACAGCUCAGCUGAGUAUGAUAAACAGGGACUUGCCUCAUAUAAAUCAUUCGAAGAUUAUAGAGGCUGCAAGCACAUCGCAGCCUGUUUGUAUUCGCUGGAGGAUGUACUGCAUAAUCGCGAGAGUGUAACAUCUGGUCCAUGCCAGGUCAUUAGUAGAAAAGCAAAUAUAUUGAUUAUAAAAUAUAACUUACUUUAUUCCCAUCAGCUGUAGCUGGUAUCGGAUCAGGAUAAUCCGCUGUGGGUCCAUUUUCGCCAAUAAAAUGAAAACCGCAUAUAGCUGUCUUUCCGACAGACGAAAAAGAAUUUGGCUUUCCCAAAUUUGCCUUUCCUUAGAUUUCUUCUCACUUGGGCGAAACUGUAGAAAGGUACUGAAGUCCCAUUGUUUUUUUAAGCGUGCUGGAUACCUCGAAUCGCUUUUGCAUAUUCCCCAAGCACAUCAGUCUCUUUACCAUAAUUUGUGAAUCGCUUAUAGUAUAAUCAUGGAUAGUAUAAUCGAGGCCGUCGAGCGAAAUAUAUCCCUAUAUUUUCGUACCCACACAAUGGGAAAUUUUUCUCUUCGCUACAUAUUACACUUACAGGAGUUAAAUAUACCCACAAAUAAAAAAAACCCUUUCAAAUCGUCCUUAUUUUGCAAUAUUUUCGCUUGUUUAUAUCGGGCACGUGUAUACACUUUGAAUAGCAGAGUGCGAAAGUUGUCCGAAAAAAUGCAAAUUUGGUCACGUGACAGCAACAUAUUUUUCAUCGCAGUAAACGUGGAGCUAUAUACUAUAUACUAUAGAGCUUGCUAUAGCACUGAGCGCAGGAAAACAUUUUAAAUUUCCAUUUAUUUAAAGGUUUUUGAAUAGUUUUUAAAGACUUACCAUGAUAUAUUAUUAUACUGAUUAGCUAUCACUGUAAAAACUGAACUCUUACCAUUAUUGAUUGGUUAUUACAGAUACAGUACAUUUCCCAUAUGGUAAAUUGUUAAAAACUAUCAUGUUUAAUAUUUACCAUUAAUGGUGUUAUCCCGGUAAAUAUUAAAUAUCAUGGUCCUAUUAUUUUUUCAACGCGAUUGACCGUGCGACCCUAUUUUCUCCAGGUGGUUGCGGGCUGCUCAUACAGCGUGCCAAAAUGGCGUUUGUUGUCACACUAAUUAUUGAACCAAAUUGCCUAAAUUCGUCCAUAGGAAAUACGCAUCUCAAGUUAAUAUUGAUGCCGGGACUCUACUGCAAAUCGCCCAGCAAAAAACCGCCAAAACCAUGAAAAAAAUAUUUUAAAAAUGUUUAUUUCCGACCUACUGACCCUAAUUUUUUCACGAUAUGAAACCGGAGCCACAGGUAUAUUUUUUUUUACGCCUCAUACACUCUUUCUAUAUGUUUCUUGAUUCACAUGGGAACUGGGCCAACCCAGUUUGCCACUUGAACUUGACAUCCUGCCUUUGUUGGCUCAAUUAUAAAUGUACUUAGCGGGUUUGCGAGAGCACGGACAACCUUAAAAUAUUAUGAAUUUCAUUUUAUUAAUAGCCGCUGUGGUCACAUUGCCAUUCAACAUUGUACUUAAGGCCUCUAUUAUGUUUACAGUAUUCUGUGUUUAUAGUAUUCUGUGGCAAGUUUUUUGCUUCAGGCAAUUAAUAAGCACAAUUCAAGAUAUUUAUACUGAAUUUAACUAUUUAUUUAUCAAAUGCUACCUGGACUUAUCCAAAUCCUCUUAAAUAUCAAUCUGAAAAAUAGAAGACUCAUACUUCUGUGAGAGUUAUUAGGGACAGUACGAUGCCUCCAACCUGAUUGACCCCAUGCGUUUGCAGGGACAUAAAUCCUGGGGUUUACACCCCCUAAUGUUUCAGAAAAGCAAUUUUGUAAGGCAAAUUUAUGAAAUAUUCAAUAAUUUUUCGGGCAAAAAUACAUUCAAAUUAAGAGUCCAGUUGGAGCAAUGUUAAAAAUUUGUUAUUCUAAUAUAAGUCGUUUUCUUACCAUCAGAAUUCUGUAAAAUCUUCCCUCAAAGUUCGUGAAAUGGCGUUUCAGAGACUCUGAAUGUCACAAUUUCCGGUGGGAGUAUGAGCAUGUCUCAUGGGGGUAUGAGCAUGUCUUCAUACCCCCCCCCCCCCUAGCAGUAUCUCGUGCCUUUGGCACUCGAUACUUGUGCCUUCACAUCAUCGUCCCUAGCUCCACAGUCCACUGCGAAGAGCAACGUAGCAUAGCCCUGAGGACGAGGAUGGUAUCAUCGAUACUAUCCCUGCGGACUCUCAUAAACUGUUAUUGUUUUCCCACUAUAUUUACGUUGUUUUCUGACCACAGCCAUUUUGUCAGGCAAAGCAACUCUACCCCCUCCCCCUAUCGUUUAGGAGUUUCACCUCUAGCAUGAUAUGCGGUCUAGUAGACUUUACUUUUUGUUGCACUUUUUGCUCCAUUAAUGGCCGCGAUUUUACUUGUUUACUGUUUACUUACUGUUUUAGCGUGGCAGGCGCACAACAGAAGGUUUUUUCCCCAUGUUUCGUGCAUGAAUAGGUUUCUCUUUGCUAUUUAUGCCAGUCACAAACCUAUCCUUAACCUUAUGGUGCACGAACAUGAGAAAAAAAACCAUAUGAAAACGAGGCCAUUGGCGCAAGAGUGCAAUAAACAGUACAGUGUAUUUUUCCAGUUUUCAAGAGCGCAACCGAUAUUUGCCCCAGCAAAUAAUCCUUUCAAAAUUUCAUACCUUUACAACAUUUUGAGUUUUUGACUCAUCCUAUUUACAUAUAUAUAUAUAUAUAUACUUUGUUGGACAGUUUUAUUUGCGAGAACUGAAAAAUCUCGUCACGCUGCCGAAUCCCAUAUGGUACUGUAUCUACUAUCUAUGGGCCUUAAUACAUUACUUGCUUAUAUAUAUAUGUAAUUCUAUUCUAGACUGGUCGACCUAUAUUCUUUUCCAUGUGUGAAUGGGGUGUUGAUAACCCAGCAUUAUGGGCAGGUGAUGUUGGCAAUAGCUGGAGAACCACGGGAGAUAUUCAUGACAGUUGGGAAAGGAUGAUGUAUAUUGCUGAUCAAAAUGACAAGUGGUGGGAACAUGCAAAACCUGGUAGUUGGAAUGACCCUGAUAUGUUGGAGGUAUAUAUUGUACAUUUUGUUAUAAAAUAUUUAAGGCAAUAGAUGAAUAUUGUACACAUAAUGAAUAUCUAUGAGUGCUAUUGUAAAGGAAUAUUUUCAUGAGGAAAUUUUUUCAAAAUCCUUACUACCUUAUGGAAAUAGUAUGGAUCUUCGUUGGAAACAGUAUGGAAAUCCAAUUUUCAUACUGAUUGCAAUUUCCAUACUAUGGAUAUAGUAUUCAAAUAAUCUGGAUAUACCAUCAAUUUAGUGAUACUAUUUUCUUCCAGUGUAAAAGAUGGCAUGAGAACUUAAGGUUUGAGAACUCAAUAAUUGGCUAUAUCCAAGUAGGGAAAAUUCGGGGAAGUUUUGAGCAUUCAAAUUUGGAAAUUCUAUUACUCGCUUUCGCCCUUCCUCCUGCGCGCCCCCAAAUUGGCAAUUCCAGCUUUUAGUUUAUGCGUGCAGGGAAUGAUGGGUAGUAAGGUAUCAUAUUGCUGAUCAUGCUGAAAAAAUAAAAAUGGUAGCCGUGUAAACACUGAGUGAUAGCUUCUAUUAUUAUUUAUUCAAAUGCAUGACCUAUUUACACGUAUUGCUAGAAUAGAAAAAAGUAUAUAAAGUAUAGUACAUAUAGAAUAGACGGUAUAGAUAAUGAAAAAUAGAUAAUAUAUAAAAGGAUAUAGAUUUACAUUUUGAUUUUUAUUUAUUUUCAAUUAAAGUGUUUUUUUUGUUCAUUUUUGCCAUAUAUAUGUAUAGAUACAAAUAUAUACAUGUAUGGUUUAUAGAGCAUUCGAAAUAUAGUGUUAAUUACGACUACGCCGUGUGCAGUCAUUUAAGAGGUUUCCCUUUUUUUAUACAAAUUAAAAAUAAUUUGUAUAGUAAAAAUAUAGACUAAGACUAAUUUGUUUUUGGGUUGUUUUGGGUUACCAGAGAUUUGAGGCUAUCUUCUCUUUCUUUUGUGCAGAGAAAUAAAUAAUUAGAAAAUAGAUUUACUAAAACAGGAUCGUCCGAUGACAUCGUGUGUUGAAGUAAUUUUUGUUUAGUUUCUUUUGUUAUUUUGAGAUCAAACAUGUUUUUGAGAAUGUUGUUUGAGUUGUCUCGUAAGUGUUGGUAAUUUUGGCAUGCGACGGCGAAAUGAAAUUCGUUUUCCACUUCGCCAGAAUCACAUAGUUUACAGAUACGUUCUUCUCGGGGUAUAUUUUCGUAUCUUCCCCGUUCAAUUUGUAACUUAUGGUUGCUUAUACGAUAUUGGGAAAAUGUUCUUCUUAUUGUUGGAUUUUGAAUAAGGGAUAAGUAUUCUUCCAUUUUGUAUUCAUUUUUGAAUUCACAAAAGAAAGAGAGUUUGGAGGAGUUUGGAGGAGCUUAUACUUGUAAAUAUUGAAAUAUUUCGGUUGUUUCGGCAGUUUUUAUUGAUAUUUUUCAGCAUAAUCGGCAAUAUGAUACCUUACUUCCCAUCAUCCCCUGCACGCAUAAACUAAAAGCUGGAAUUGCCUAUUGCAUCGACUCUCUCUUUUUAUGUGAAAUUGAUCGCUGAAAUUAAAAAUAGAAGGUCUAGGCUGCAUUCAUCUCAAACAUGCGUACCACCCUUUUCAUUUCUAUCGUUCAGGUUGGCAACGGGAAGAUGUCAAAUACGGAGUACAUCACACAUUUCAGUUUGUGGUGUCUUAUGAAAGCACCUCUUUUGAUUGGCUGUGAUAUACGAGACAUAUCCGCGGAUACACUAAACAUCCUUACAAACGCUGAUGCUAUUGCUGUAAACCAGGACCCACUCGGUGCCCAAGGUCACAAGCUUCGCUCAGAUGGGGACUUAGAGGUCUGGGCUGGACCUUUGGAAGACGGUAGUAUGGCCGCCAUCUUGUUAAACCGAGGUUCAACGACAGCGCUAAUGUCAAUAACAAGUGAAGAUUUAGGUUGGGGGACACGUGCAGAGUUUAUGGUUUUCGACAUUUGGCAACAUAAGAUUGUAGGGGAAUAUACUGGGAAGUACAGCACUGAAGUGGCAGCACAUGGUGUAAUGUUUGGUACGUUUAUAAAACAAGAAGAGAUUACAGAUAACUCCAUCGCAUUCUAACACUUGAUAAUGUUGAAUAAAUUUUGUAAUGGUUGGGAUUCAAUUAAUUCAAAUGUUUACACUAACGGACUUUAAUUCAUUAAGGAUAAUGUAAAAGUAAAGAGUAAAAAUAGUUCUAGCCUGAGUGUCAGGCUCUAUUAUUACAAAUAGAGCCUGGCACAAAACCUUAAUCCGAUCGCUCUCUGACUUUGUCAUCAUUGUGAAAUUGUCAUUUGGAAAUGUUAGAUGUGAAAUGAUGGGGGUAAUUAAGUUACAAUUUUGACAAUUAAAUUAAGACAUAAUUUUGUAACCAGAAUGUUUCAAUUUAAAAUUAAAGGUAUUCAUUCCCAUAAGUGUUCUUCAAACCAUAAUUGCGUAAUAGUGUAUUAGCCCGCGACGAGAGGUUUGGUGACUGAUUAUUAAUUAAAAGAAAGAAAGAAAGUUAAGAACUGAAAUGGGCACCUCUUAAAGCUUACAAUAACUUAUACGAACGCAAUGAACAGCAAAGACAAAAUGCUAAGGCCCAUCUACACGAUAGACAAGUCGUAUGCUAUUCUUAAUUAUCUUGGCGUUUGUACUUGAAUAAAUGCGUGUAAAGAUGUCAUGUGUGAAUGAGCCUUUAGUAAACGCCGUGGUGUGAACAGAGGUUCCACAAUAGCAUUCUGCAAUGCCCGAUCCCGUGCUCAAAUUUCUCCCGCGGGGCUGACUAUGUACAGUAACACAUUUGACGUCGCAAUGAGCUUUUCACGUUGCUGCGAAACGUGAUAAUGCUCAGCUUAACGUUGUAUUCAGAAUGACAGAAUAGAUCUUAGGGCCUGUUGAUAUGGGGGCAAAGUUAUCCCGGUUAGCGAGAAAACAUUUCGAUAAGUUUACAAGCGAGACCUCGCCUUGUUAUGAAACUAAUAUGAAAAGUUACACUGCGUUCGUAGACGAAAGGUUUUCUCUCUAACCGGGAUAAGUUUUUUCUCAUAUGAACAACCCCCUCAACUCUAUUAGAAACAUCAGGAGUAGGACGGCAACAUGGCGGCGACGGAUGUUAAUUACAAUGAAAUGCAAUAUAUUUUACAAAAGAAAUGAAUAGUUCAAAUAUGUGAAUAAAAUAAAAACGGUAAACCACAGGUGUUUACAUCUGAUGACCGGUGCAGCGCCUUCAUUUUCAAGUCACGAGAAGUGGUACUCACCACUCACCAGA